ACCAGGCACCUCCGUCAGGUUAUGGGCAACAUCUAAAACACCUUCUGCAAUAUCCACCAGAUACAACAGCAGCAGCAGCAGUCAAAAAAGAGCUGAAAACUAAACUGCCGACAUGGGGAAGCAGAACAGCAAGCUCCGGCCUGAGGUGAUGCAGGACCUGUUGGAGAGCACAGAGUUUACCGAACACGAGAUCCAGGAAUGGUAUAAGGGGUUUCUCCGAGACUGUCCCAGCGGAGCUCUCACCAUGGAAGAGUUUAAGAAGAUCUACGGAAACUUCUUCCCGUACGGCGACGCUUCCAAAUUCGCCGAACACGUCUUCCGUACCUUUGACGCCAACGGCGACGGGACAAUAGACUUUAGAGAGUUCAUCAUCGCUCUUAGCGUCACAUCGCGCGGCAGGCUGGACCAGAAGCUGAAAUGGGCCUUUAGCAUGUACGACCUGGACGGAAAUGGCUACAUCAGCAAAGCGGAGAUGCUGGAGAUCGUUCAGGCCAUCUAUAAAAUGGUUUCUUCGGUGAUGAAGAUGCCAGAGGAUGAGUCCACACCCGAGAAACGCACAGAUAAGAUCUUCCGUCAGAUGGACACAAAUCGUGAUGGUAAAUUGUCUCUGGAGGAGUUUGUGGAGGGAGCGAAGAAUGACCCGUCCAUCGUGCGGCUCUUGCAGUGUGACCCCAGCAGCGCAGGGCAGUAA